GCGUGCAGUUAUGUGGGAGGAAGUCACGUCGAAAUAAAACAAAACAAACAGCACGUAUUUAAUUUUUAUGGCUUCGAAACGACCGACUUAGUAACAUUUGUGAAUUUGUGGCAACUUUUGGGAUUGAAAAGUACAAUAUAAUAAAGUCGCAAUAUGUACGGGUUUGUGAACUACGCCUUAGAGCUGCUUGUUACCAAAACCUUCAAUGAAGAGACAUGGGAGACCAUAAAGAAAAAGGCAGAUGUGGCGAUGGAAGGCAGCUUCCUCGUGCGCCAGAUAUAUGAAGAUGAAAUCACCUACCAUCUCAUCACUGCUGCUGUUGAAGUUCUGCAAAUCCCAGCUGACGCAAUUCUGGAACUCUUUGGAAAAACCUUCUUCGAAUUCUGUCAAGAUUCUGGAUAUGACAAGAUUUUACAAGUUCUUGGUGCUACACCGAGGGACUUCUUGCAGAAUCUGGAUGGGCUACACGAUCACCUGGGUACUCUGUACCCUGGCAUGAGAUCGCCAUCUUUCCGAUGCACUGAGCGGCCUGAAGACGGGGCUUUGGUACUUCACUAUUACUCUGAUCGACCUGGAUUGGAGCAUAUUGUCAUUGGAAUUGUGAAGACCGUAGCUAGCAAGCUUCACGACACAGAAGUGAAGGUUGAGAUCCUGAAGACAAAAGAAGAAUGCGACCACGUCCAGUUUCUGAUUACUGAGACAUCCACUUCUGGACGAGUUUGUGCUCCUGAGAUGGCUGAAAUCGAAACUCUGUCUCUUGAGCCUAAAGUGAGCCCGGCUACCUUCUGCCGUGUAUUCCCAUUCCAUCUAAUGUUCGACCGAGAGCUGAACAUCGUCCAAGCUGGACGCACUGUGUCCCGUCUGAUGCCAAGGGUCACCCGUCCAGGGUGCAAGAUUACUGAUGUACUGGACACGGUGCGACCUCACUUGGAGAUGACAUUCGCGAAUGUGCUCGCUCACAUCAACACGGUGUACGUGCUGAAGACUAAGCCUGAGGAAAUGGUGUCUGCUCCUGAUGAGGAUAUUGCUUCUCUACGUUUGAAGGGCCAAAUGCUGUAUAUUCCAGAAACAGACGUUGUGGUGUUCCAAUGCUAUCCCAGCGUGACCAACUUAGAUGACUUGACUCGGCGUGGUCUCUGCAUCUCCGACAUUCCUCUUCAUGAUGCCACUCGGGACUUGGUCCUCAUGUCUGAACAAUUUGAGGCAGACUACAAGCUGACGCAAAACCUGGAAGUGCUUACUGAUAAAUUGCAGCAGACCUUCCGAGAACUGGACUCUGAGAAACAAAAAACCGAUAGGCUCCUCUACUCAGUCCUGCCAAUCAGCGUAGCCACUGAGCUUCGUCACCAGCGUCCAGUACCGGCUCGUCGCUACGACACCGUCACCUUACUCUUCAGCGGCAUCGUUGGGUUCGCCAACUACUGCGCCAGGCACACCGACCAUAAGGGAGCCAUGAAGAUUGUUAGGAUGCUGAACGAUCUGUACACAGCAUUUGAUGUACUGACUGAUCCGAAGAGAAAUCCUAAUGUGUAUAAGGUGGAGACAGUUGGUGAUAAGUACAUGGCAGUCUCUGGUUUGCCAGAAUAUGAAGUUGGUCAUGCCAAGCACAUCUCCCUCCUCGCCUUGGAAAUGAUGGAUCUCUCUCAAACUGUUACUGUUGAUGGCGAACCAGUGGGCAUCACAAUCGGUAUCCAUACCGGAGAAGUAGUGACUGGUGUGAUUGGCCACCGCAUGCCCCGGUACUGCCUCUUCGGUAACACUGUCAACUUGACCAGUCGCUGCGAGACCACUGGAGUACCUGGCACCAUCAACGUCAGCGAGGAUACUUACGGUUACCUGAUGCGCGAAGACAACUACGACGAGAGAUUCGAACUCACAUACCGCGGACAUGUUUCCAUGAAAGGCAAAGCUGAGCCAAUGCAGACUUGGUUCCUGACAAGAAAGAAGAUCUAAAUCAUUCGAUAUUCGACCUCACAUACUUACUCAUAACGAUGAAUUUAAAUAAACAUUAGGGCCUGAAUUACUUGUCUUAGCAAUUUGCGUAUCGUAGACAUAAUAGUUCGGAUUUAUGUUAGAACAUAACAAACGUGGUUAGUAGUUGUUGUGAUUUCGACUUUAUAGCGUCUAAUAUAAAGUUUCUUCUUCUGUGAUUUCCAUUCUAAUAGAAAAAUGUAUCUAUAAUAAAAUCUAUUUAUUGUUUAGGAAUUGCAUUUUCAAUCUUAGUAUAAUUUGUCAAUUUUUUUUUUCAUAGUUUCAAAUGAUUAAUAAUUAUAAUUUAUUUUUCUAUACAUGUUUUCUAUAUCUACAUACCGAGAGAAGGUUAUGAAUCUUUAUAAAAUAUUCUUCUAUUUUGAGCCUUAAGCUAAAGGCCUAAAGUAUACUAUACUAUAUACUAUUUAAUUAAUGAUAGAACAUAUUAUAUUGUACACUAUUUACUAAUGUUGCUUUAUUUUUGUUGUUAAUUCAAUUUUUAUUGCAUUCUAGUCAAUGUUUAUUAAAAGGAAUAAAUAUAACGUUUGCACACGUAACUAUCCAAAGUUACCAACCUGAGUGCCAAGCACGAAUAAUUAUCGCAUUCGUAUCGUAACAGUAUCGAGCGAGUUCGU